AUGAGUCAGCAAUCCUGCGGAAGCCCCGACACGAAGCCUGUCGAAGCUACCUUCCUGAGCACUGAAAAAUCCAUUGCCGCAACAGCUGCUGAAAUUUUGAAUUCCGACAAGCCAUCAGCCACAGAUUUCAGCAUGCCUUUGACAGAAUCCGUGAGUCCAAAGGAAUUUCAAGAGGCGACAGGUAUCCAAGUCUUAACAUCCGAAGCCAAUGUUGACCAGGAGAUGAAUGAUGACCACCGUGAGCCCACGGUCCAAGAUCCCUGCCGAAAGCCUGAUCGAACUUUACUGUCUAGCCAUGCUGUUCAGACCGAAGUGGAAGUGCCGCUGACCGACUUGUCUCAGUUGACACUCGCAGAGCUGAAGACAGAGGUGGUCACCUUCGGACAGAAGCACCAGGGGGAAACGUACGAGACGGCUUGGGAGGAUCAAGGCUGGAUCAACUUCAUGGUGUCGAAGUAUGGAACCAGCAAAGUCCUCAGCCAUCGCCGCCUGAUCAGGUUCGUGGAGUUGAUGGUGGAGCACCACGAAAGAACGAGCACCCGAGUGCCUGUGCUGCCCCCACCGGAAUCGGUGCCCGGAGGCUACGCCCUGAUCGGCGAGCUUUCUGGACGCAGAUCCACCCGAGCCAAGGCCAAGGCCAUGAGCACAGUUCCAUCUGGGGUCACAGAACCCAUUCCACUGGACCAGGACGAAGAGCAGGAGUUCGAGAUGUUCAACCAGGGGACUACGGCCACGACUCCUCUCCAUCAGGAUCCGGAGUUCACUGCACUUCAGGAUCGUAUCCUGAACAUGGAGAACGCUCUGGGCCGCGUGAUCAAGCACCUGGAGGACCAGAUCGAGAAGCAGUAG